AUGGGAGCUCCACGGAAAACACUUUUGUUGAGAGAUCAUGAGGACUGGCGUCUUUUCACAAGCAUGUGGUUGCAUUCAGGGGGGUUUCACCUUAUGAUUAACCUCGUCACUGCAAUUUUUGUUGGACUUCACUUGGAGCAGGAGUUUGGACCCUUAAGGAUUGGAGUCAUCUACCUAUUCUCUGCUAUCUGUGGUAGCAUGGUGGCUGCGCUUUUUCUUCAAGAUAGGCCAACUGUUACUUCCUCCGGAGCCCUGUUUGGAUUGCUUGGUACCAUAAUUUCUGCUCUUAUCCAGAACUGGAGAAGUUACUCUAAAAAGCCUGAUCUCAGAAACAUGUCGCAAAGUACAGCAGGGUUGUUUGAGUAUGAACUCCAGCAUUCUUUCAAGCUACGACAGAAACUGGACAGGCCUGUGCUAAGGAGUGUUUUCUCUGUUCUAUUUCGUCUUCUACUUGCUGGUUUGACUAUGGCAUAUAUUUACGGAAUCAAUAUGAACAAGAAUUGUUCAUCAUGUGACACUUAG